AUGGCUAUUCAAAAUAAUCUACGAGAGGCCAAAGCCUGGUACGAGGCAGCUAGGCCCCAGAUCCCUCCAUCAUGGGAAUUAGAAAUCUUGCUCCGGCGUGAUCUGCCGUCGGCCACUGUCUCCAUACAUCACUCCAUACUACCUCGUCCUACAAACACUCAGACGACAUCCUAUGGUAAUUUGCCACAGAAUACCCAAAUUUCGAGCAUUCCGGUGACUCGAGCAAAGCCCACGAUGGUGUCUAAUGGUUCAACUACAACGAAAGCAUCGGUUCUGUCUCUGAGUGCUCUACCGUCUGGGCCCCUAGUUGCAUCAACCCAGAUCAAUAUUGAAGACAUUUCUGAUUUCAGCGACAACGACUCGGAGGCGUUUCAGCUCAUCGACGUGGCCAAGUUGGGUAUGAAAAGACAAAGCACGUUGGACACUCAUAUCCAGAAGAAGCCUAGGAGUAAUACGCGGAACGGGAUGAGUGUUCAAGAUGGUAAUAUUGAUCGGGAAAGAGAAAUCCAGAGAGAAAGAGAAAUCGAGAGGGAAAGAGAAAUCGAGAGGGAAAGAGAGAUCGAGAGAGAAAGAGAGAUCGAGAGAGAAAGAGAGAUCGAGAGAGAAAGAGAGAUCGAAAUGGAAUUGGAAAUUCAGAGAGAACAGGAAAUGCACAGGGAAGAACUUGAAAAAGAUCGACUGAAAGGCUCAACGCCAAAGUUGCAGGAAUCAUCUUGUCUUCCAACUCUUUCCAGAUCUAAGGAUAUUCCAAACCUUCCAAGAUCAGGUCCCACCACUGGCUCAUCUCUGCUAUCUUCACCUGACAAUAACGUUAUACAAUUACAGGAAUAUAUUCGGAUCUGCGAGGCCAAAAUCAACCUCCUCACCAAAAGUAACGUCAUCAAUGAAUCUACGUCUCUCUCGCUCGAUGCAAAGAAAUUGUGGCAUGCCAACAACUACCUUCCAAAGUUUAAAGAGGUUGACGCUAAACAAAACGCAUUAAGGUCCAAAUUCAAUUUUCUCGAUCCUCUACCGUCUGCCGAGGACCUCUCCAGACUUUCCAGUAAUAAUCCUGUGCUUUCUUCAAUGGUUUCUGUCUCCAACGAUCUCUCUACAAUGCAGAAGAUCGUUUCGUCGCCAGAAUCUAUUUCUAUAUCCAAAGAGCUACCGGUCGAAGUGGCGACUUCGCCUAUCCAUGUGGAGGAGAACGAAGCAUUCCAUGCCCAGUAUGAGGCCAACAAUGAAGAAGCGCGCAGAAUUAUAAUGGAGACCCGGAACAGACCCAAAUCUGUUCCUGUUGUGGAAGAUGAUGACUUGGAAGAUGACUUCGGAGAGGAAUUUAUGGACGGCCUUAAUUCCUCCCAGGUUGAUAACGAAGAUACAGAUUUGAGUGGAUUCGUAGCCAGAGAUGGUGACGAAGACGACUUGGAGUCUGUGGACGAGACUUUCUCUACUCCUCAGGCUACACAGGCAGAUUCCCAGCCCGUGGUGAGUGACGAGUUCGAAAUUGAUUCUGAAAAUGACUUGAAUGACCAACAAAACUUACGUGAAGAAAUGAAGGACAUGGUGUUGUCCCAGGAUACGGCGGCUCGAUACGGCGUGAAAUACGAUGACUUGUCUGAACCUAUUGAAAUCUCCGAUGUUGAAGAUGAUGCUAGUAAUAUGGACUUCACUACGCAAUUGAAUGAAAAUCGUGAUGAGGUGGUGGAGAUUCUUUCUGACGAUGAUUUAGACGCAGAAGAUUUGAACGCCUUGACAGAAUUGCUGCAUGUCAAGCAGGAGCUCCCAAAUCCCAAGAUGCAAGUCUUGAGUGAUAGCGAUUUCAGUGAUGAUGAUGACGAGUUAAUUCAAUUGUCCAAAACAGUCACAACUUCACUGAAAAAGAGGAUUCUUCCUGGCUCGGAAGAUUUUGUUGAUGAGGUUUAUAAGGUACUUCACAACGUAUUCAAGUUACCGGACUUUCGCUCCAACCAAUUGGAGGCAAUUGUCGCCACAUUAGUUGGCAAAGACGUGUUCGUGUUAAUUCCUACCGGAGGAGGAAAAUCGUUAUGUUACCAACUUCCUGCUUUAGUGCAAAGCGGAAAGACGAAGGGCACGACAAUUGUGAUUUCUCCGUUAAUCUCAUUGAUGCAAGACCAAGUCCAGCAUUUAGUUGACAAGAAUAUUCGAGCUGGUAUGAUCAGUUCAAAAGGAACGAGUGAUGAGAGGAAUGCAACCUUUCGAGCUUUAACUAGUGGACAGUUGGAUCUUGUGUACUUGUCUCCAGAAAUGGUCAACAACUCUGCAAGGGUCCAAAAGGUGAUCUCCAAAUUGUAUGAAAAUGAUAUGCUCGCGAGGAUAGUCGUUGAUGAGGCUCACUGUGUGAGUUCUUGGGGUCAUGACUUCCGUCCAGAUUACAAGGGUAUGAGCAUAUUCAAGCAGCAAUAUCCAAACGUGCCUGUCAUGGCGCUUACGGCCACUGCAAAUGAGAAAGUUCGUUUGGAUAUAGUGCAUAAUUUGCGUAUGACUAACCCUGUUCUACUCAAGCAAAGUUUCAAUAGAACGAACCUAUUUUAUGAGGUCAAAAACAAGCCACCCAACUUCUACGAGUGGGUUAGGGACUAUGUUUUGAACAAACAGUCAGGAAAGACUGGAAUUAUUUAUUGCCAUUCCAAGCAGUCUUGCGAGACCACGGCACAAAAACUAAAUGAAUGGGGCAUUCGGUGUAUGUUUUACCAUGCUGGAAUGGACCCUAAUGAGCGAUUCGAGGUGCAAACACUGUGGCAGCAUAAUAAGAUUCAACUCAUUUGUGCUACUAUUGCAUUCGGUAUGGGAAUUGACAAACCAGAUGUCCGCUUUGUUAUUCACAUGUAUAUCCCACGGUCGUUGGAAGGAUAUUAUCAAGAAACGGGACGUGCUGGAAGAGAUGGAAAAGAGAGCGAAUGUAUUAUGUUCUACUCCUACAAAGACGCCAGAAGCCUUCAGAGUUUGAUCCAAAGAGACGAUAAGUUGGAGCAAACGGCUAGAGAAUCACAUCUUGCCAAAUUGCGAGAGGUGGUGCAAUAUUGUGAAAAUAAGACUGACUGUCGAAGGAGACAGGUGCUUCACUUUUUCAAUGAGACCUUUGAUCCAAAGCAUUGCCAUAAAAAGUGUGACAACUGCUGUAGUGAAGUGGUGUCUGUGAGUCGAGACGUCACUGAACAUUGCAUUAAUAUUGUUAAAAUGGUACGCUCGCUUCAACAUGACAAAGUGACGGUGAUUCAUUGCCAGGAUGUGUACAAAGGUUCCAAGAGCAACAAGAUAAUGAAACUUGGCCACAAUCAAGAUCCUAGUCAUGGGAUGGGGAAAGAUUUGGACCGUGGCGACAUGGAGCGGAUCUUUUUCCAUUUGCAAAGUGAGGGAUGUUUGUUGGAGUACCAAGUGAUGAGGGGUGGGUUCGCGUCGACUUACGUCAAGUUAGGUCCCAACGCUGGAGAUAUAUUGGAGGGAAAAAAGCGAGUGGUUCUUUCAUUUGCAGAAAAUAACCGCCCCAACUCUUCUGGAGCAGGUAACCGUGCUCGAUUGGCUCCUAAUGGAAAUGGCACAGGGUUGACAAACUUCAGGUACCAAGAAUCUUUCGUUAGUGCAAGAGAAGUCCGGUACGAGCAAGAAAAGGAGAACAUUGACUGGAAAGACACAAGAUCAAAGAUUGUGCUCCCAAGGCAAACUUAUAAUGGAGCAGUUUGGGAAGGAAAUGAGCAGGCUAUCGAGCACGCCUUUAGUGAACUUCGGAACCUUCGUCUACAAAAGCUGCAGGAGCUAGGCUAUGGGCGACCUACUUUCUUUAUCGACGACAAUUUACUCAAAGAGAUGGCCAUCAAGCUUCCGACGAAUGCUCGAGACUAUGCCAGGUUGGAAAAUAUUAGAAAAGAACAGGUUUCGUCGUUCCAGUACUUCAAGAAAACCUUGGGGACAUUAUCACGAGAACGCAAGAACUCUAGCCAGGGAGCAAACGUUGCAACCCAAGCGUCUACGGUCACUCAGGCCAAUAGCACCAUAAGUGAGAAUGCUUCACCAUAUUUCCAGCGCACAUACGCUUCUCAACCAAAACGCACUCAGCGCAGUCAGGGAUCACAGCGUAAACAAAACUACAAGCGGAACAGCAAGGCGGGCAGGGCGAAUAAGCCUAGCCGACCGGUAACAAAAAAGCCGGCCAGUUCGGGCCACAUACGGCAGAUGCCUAUAUAA